AAAACAACAAAAAGACACAAAUCUCAUACUCGUGUUUGAAAGUAGCGUUUAGGAUUUGGAAAUAUCGAAACGGAGGCGAUUUUUCUAUUUUGUACAUACAUUGUUUUGUAUAUACUGUAUAUGAUGACCUCGCUGGGCGGCGAUCGAGCCCGGGGCACUCGGGACAAGGUGCUGCCCACAACCACACAGAUCACACAGCCACAGAAACAGCUUCAGGCUACAGCCGAACAGAUCCGACUUGCCCAGAUGAUCUACGACAAGAAUGAUGCGGAUUUUGAAGACAAAGUCAACCAGCUCAUGGAGGUGACGGGGAAAAACCAAGAUGAGUGCAUGGUUGCUCUCCAUGACUGCAAUGAGGACGUCAACAGAGCCAUCAACUUCCUGCUGGAGGGGACCUCUGACACAACCUCUUGGGAAACAGUGGGAAAGAAGAAAAGCCUAGGAAAGGACAGCAUUUCCUCAGAGAGCAAGGAGAACAAGGAGAAUCGGGAGAAGAGAGGCGAGAAAGAAAGCAGCAAAGCGCGUGGAGGAGCAAACCGCAGAGGGAAAGGGGCCAGUCGCAAGGGGCCGGCGAGGGCUGAGGAGAAUGGAGUGGACUCGGCACCUGUGGAGAGAGGAGCUGACCGUAGCCGUAGGGGGAGAGGGAAAGUGUCUGGAGGCAGGGGAAGGGGCCGUGCACCGGGGGCCAGCAGGUUUACAGCGCAGGGAAUGGGGACCUUUAACCCAGCGGACUACACUACGGACAGUGGCACGACCAACUCGCAUGCUGACGUGUGGGAAUCGGGGGCCAACGACACCACAGAUGGGACAGUGGCAUGGCGGAACACUCUAGAAGACUGGACAGCUGAAGAAUGGAAUGAGGAUGUGAGUCUCUCUGAGACUAAAGUAUUCACCUCCUCAUGUGCACCUCCAGCUGAGAACCACAUCACACCUGGCCAAAGUCUGGACCUGGCGUCUCUGCUGCAGAAGCCUGCUGGCAGGGAGGAGUUGGGGAAUAUGAAGCCGACCUCCUCGCAGGGGCUUGGCCAUAGCCUGGUCUUCACCAAUUCCCACCACCAGCCUACCCGCAACGGAGGCACCACCACUGGCACUCCCAGCUACGCACAUGCCACCCUGUCCUCAGUCUUGGGUUCUGGAUUUGGGGAGCUGGGUGGUCCUAAGCUUGGGCAGACCGCCGGACAACAGAUACUGGAGCAACUGAAGGGACCAGGACUUGGGCAGCUUACCUCCCAGCCUCCUAGUACAGGGGCCAACUGUACCCCUGUAGGGGGGUUGGCGGGGACAGGGAUAUCUGUCCCCUCUUCCUCCUGGGACAUCAAACCUCCUGGAACACAGAGCUCUGCCUCACUGCCCUCCCAAUUCAGUCGGGAGUUUAAGAUGCAACCAGAGCCCUCCUUGGUGCUAAGCCAGCUGAGCCAGCGGCAGCAGAGCUCUCUGAGCCACACAAGCCCUCUGCCUCUGGCCAGGCAGCCCAGCCCUCCUCCACUGAGUGGACCCUCACCCACCCAAGGUCCAUUGGAGGCUUUCUCCAAAGCACCAGAGCCAUCUCAGCCCCCCAUGGCCCACACACAAGCUGCAGACCCUCAAGCCAGCAGCACACAGCACCGCCAGAUUAAGACACAGAAAAGAAGGAUACCUACUACAUCCAAGAUUCCUUCCUCUGCGGUGGAGAUGCCUGGUUCUGCGGAUGUAUCUGGGCUCAAUGUGCAGUUUGGCGCUCUGGAUUUCGGCUCCGAGUCGGCACUGCCAGAUUUCAGCCAGCCAGAGAACUGCACCAGUGAAGCUACACGAGAGGCUGCACCUGUUCCUCAGACUCAGAGCAGCCUCUACUCCAAACCUAUCAGUGAAUCUCUUGCCAAUCCUGUCCCGCUGCUGCUGCCGCCUUUGGCCCCUUCUGACAGCAUCUACCCAUCUCCCUCCGUGGCUCUGCCCAGCUUAGCCCCUUCUUUGACCACUCCCAGCGCUGCCACGGUGCCCGCCUCCUCCUCUUCCUCCUCAUCGUCCUCAGCAGCCUCAUCUGCUGGGAACAGCUUUGACUGUGGAGUGGCUCCACACUCACGACUGACCUUCUCUCAGAACAAGGAGCCCUCUGGACCUGUGACUAACGGUUUUAAUGGUGUGAGGACCUCUGCUGCUUUAGAUUCCACAUCGAGUUCCUCCACUCCAAAGCCAGAGUCUCCCUCUUUGGGCAGCAGCACCACCAGUGUUGCCCCUUCUGCCCCCUCAUCUCUGCUGCCCCCCUCAGUUACCCCCCACAGCUCAGCUCUCUCCAGCCUGGCCCCUGAGUUGCCCUCGGCCAGCCUGCCACCCCUCAGCAGCAGCCAUGUGAGCAGUGGCCACUCCUCAGUAUCAGCACUUUGCACCAGCUCCUCGCUAACGUAUACUAGUGUGGACAGUGUGAGUUCUCUGGCUCCGUCUUCGGUAGCGUUCUCCUCUGCGUCAGUGUCAGCUCUGCCCAGCAGCAGUGUGAGCAGUGUGGGUAGCGGUAACAGCAGCCUGCACUCCACAUCUCUGGGGCUCAGUGGCAAUGGCACCACCACACCCUCUGCUGUCAGGACAGCGCCUUUGCUAUCCUCCUCUACUGGAAAAGCUCCCCCUAACUUGUCUCAGGGGGUUCCUCCGCUGCUGCCUAACCAGUAUAUCAUGGGUCCUGGAGGCCUGCUGCCUGCAUACCCACAAAUCUAUGGUUAUGAGGACCUCCACAUGCUGCAGUCCAGACUACCAAUGGAUUAUUAUGGAAUCACAUUCCCAGGGCCCACUGCAACGUUGUCUGGCAGAGAUGGAAGCCUAGCCAAUAAUCCUUACUCAGGUGAAGUGCCAAAGUUUGGCAGGGGCGACUCCACCUCUCCGGCACCCCCUACCAGCCUGUCAGCUGCUCACACUCCCCAGGCAGCGCAGCCCCCACAGGCCCAGAGCCAAGGCCAGAGCCAGCCACAGCCACAGGGGCACCACAGCACCCAGCAGGCCUUCCUCAAUCCUGCUCUGCCCCCUGGCUACAGCUACACAGGCCUGCCCUACUACCCCGGAGUGCCUGGAGUCCCUAGUGCGUUCCAGUACGGCCCCACCAUGUUCAUGCCCCCUGCCUCUGCCAAGCAGCAUGGCAUGGGCCUGAGCAACCCCUCCACACCAUUCCAACAGCCCAGUGGCUAUGGCCAGCACACCUUUAGCUCAGGGUAUGAUGACCUGACACAAGGCCCAGCGGGAGCGGAAUACAGUAAAGGGUACAGCAACUCCUCUCAGACACAGGCCAAAUCUGCUGCCUCUGGUCCAGGGAAAGGCGUCUCCGUGACGUCCAGUAACUCUGGUGUGCCAGACAUCAGUGGAACUGUUUACAACAAGACUCAGUCCUUUGAUAAACAGGGUUUCCAUGCUGGCACUCCUCCUCCCUUCAACCUUCCCUCGGCUCUUGGGGGUACUGGGCCUUUGACCCCCGGGGGUGCCCCUGGAUACGCCCCAGCUCCUUUCCUCCACAUCCUGCCUGCUCACCAGCAGCCCCACUCUCAGCUGCUGCACCACCACCUCACCCAGGAUGGACAGGGUGGACCAAGUCAGAGGAGCCAGACCAGCAGCAUGCAGCAGAAGGCCCAGGUCAACAAGUCUAGCUAUGGCAGCUCCCCCUACUGGGGCAACUGAAAAGUGCAAGAGCCCCAUGCCCCUCCUAUGGACGCCACGUUACCAUGCAACACUGCGGCCAGCGUUAGAGCAGAGCAGAGGGACAACUACACACAGCACCGUGCUUAACACACACACCCACACACAUACAUAUACACGUGCACACACACUACCAUCUCCCCCUCCCCUAGUUCUCAUCCCCCCUUUUCAAAGUUUUGGCUGUUGUAUGUAAAAUAUAUUUAUGUAUGUAUUUAUACAGUAUAUAUGUAUUGGUAGGAUAUGAAAUGUGGUUUACUGCAUUUUGUUUUGAAGGAUGUUACUGUUAAUUUCAAAAUGGAUAUGAAUAAACAAAGAGGAUGAGAACUAAAUACUAAAAAUAGAAGGUGAAUAUACUUGAACCAGACCCAGCAUCAUGAAAAUGUGGGAGAUAUUUUUUUUUUUUUGUAUAAAUACAUGAACCUAAUAAUGGUGUACAUUAUUGCUAAGCAUCAUUUGAUGGAGAUUUUUUUUUGUAUAAAUACAUAAACCUAAUAAUGGUGUACAUUAUUGCUAAGCAUCAUUUGAUGGUGAAGCCUUUUUUAAAAUGUUUUUGUAUGUUUGCCCCCUGGCACCCCAUUGACCUGUGAAUUUUUUUUUCCCUGUUUGGGGGGGAUUUUUACUUCAGUGCUUGACUUUAUUUCCUCACCCCCCCCUCAUUUGUGAACCCCUCCUUAUCCUGUUAAUUGGCUGAAACGUAGCAGUUCUGAAUCAGAAUCAUUUUAACAUUGGUUUUACCCUUGUCGUUCAAAUAAAAUAUCCGACCAGUU